AUUCCGCUUCUGCGCCGUUUUACGACAGUAGGUGGGAGGCGUGGUUGGCGGCCGGUCUGAAGGGGAGAAGCCGGCGCUGUCUGGGGUGAGAAGAAAACCAGAUGCAUUAUGGACAGGGAAUGUUCUCAGCUCCUGCCUUCUGUUUGUGCAGUUCUAGCAGACUCAAGGCAACUUGUUGCAGAUGACACCUUUCUAGAGAAAUUUCUGGACUGGUUUAAGACUCUGACUGAAACAGAAUCUAGCCUGCUGCUGUUACAGGAGAAUCCAUGCUUGACAGAGCUCAUCACGUGUGUGCUGAAACUGAAGGAUCCAAGUUCUAGCACUCUUUCCUUUAUUCUGAGAUUAACAGGGAUAUUCGCAGCCUCUGAAAGCUGCUUCCAGUAUUUACAGCAGAGGGAGCUGUUGAUCAGUCUCUUUGGAGAGGUGGGGCCUCUCAGCAGUGCUCUGUGGGAAGAGGCAUCUGUGCGAAGCGGCUGGGUCCAGGGUGUGCACAGCAUGGUGCAGCACCAGAGCGCCCUCCAUUUUUUGUGCAGCUGUGGAGCCAUAGAUGUGAUCUUCACUCUGCAGGGAGACCCCAGCCUGUUUGUGGCUUCAGCUGCCAAUCAGCUUUUAGUGCACGUGCUUACCUUCUCUCUACAGUCAUUCCAGACUAAACCUGAAAAUAUAAAGGACUGUGAUUGGCCAAUAUGUGCUCAAAAGCUUAUAGUGCACAUUGAAGAGUCCCUUAAAUCCAACUCUGCCUCUCGUAUCAAGCAAUCCUUGAAGCUGCUAACUAGUGUGUUUGGAUGCUGUCAUGAUCUGUGGACUGAAGUACUUUGGUCACGGCUAUCAGAGCGAAUUGUAUAUCUCUUGGAGGAGGAGCCAGUCCAUGCCGGGCACUCACUGGUGGACCUUUUCCUUAGUAUGGCAAGGUCUCCUGUGUUUAGCUGCCCUGAAUGUAGCCUGUGGACAUCAGUAACGUGUGCUCUGGAGCACUUAAACCCAGCUCAAGUUGGUCGUUUGGCAGUGGGAGUACUGAAGCUUCAGGAAUGCCCACAGGCAGUAAAGAUCCAAGCUCUGAGUGUUCUGCUUCAACCAAUGGACUGUGUUCUGAAAGCAGCCUCCCAACCCUUGGAAUAUCCAGGUUUGCUGAAUAGGUCUGUGAAUGAUUCUGCCACUGUUGAAACUCUUCUGUCCUGCAGAUCCUCUUGUGCUAGCCUCCUGUGUCAGACGUUGACUCAUCUGGAGGAGCUGCAGUACCUGACCUGCUUGCCAGUGGAUUUGCCCCAUAUACCUUUGCUACAGUCUGUAGUGACAAUAUUGCAAUUCUGUAUUGGCCUUGCGACUCCAGCAUCCUGUCUGGGAAACAAGAUCAGUAGAAUCCUGAUUGGUUGCUUCAGAGUUCAACGGUCAGCACUUGACAUCCUGGGAGCGCUCUCUCACUGGGAAAGCCCCAGUGUAUUCAUCGGAAGUGUAUUUGACAUCCUCCUUGCAUACCUGAAAAGUCCAGAUACCAGUCCUACUGUUCUGAAGAAGUCAUUUCAAGCAACACUCAAAUGGCUGGUGAGUUUGUCAGAGGCACCCAGCUCCAAGGAUCACUGGCAACAGACUGAGCAGUUUCUCCGAGAUCUGUUUCUGGUGCUGCAGAAGCGUUUGUGCAGCCCUUACUGGGAAGUACGGGACUCUGCCCUGGAAUUUCUCACCCUCCUGGUUAAGCAUCUGAGAGAGAAGGAGUGGUUCAGGCAAGUUCUCUUCUCUUCGGAGGUGCCCAAGCUCACAGAGGAUCUUCUUGAGGACCCAGAGAGUUACGUGAGAGCAAGUGCUGUGACAGCCAUGGGACAGCUGUCCUUCCUCACCCAUCUCAUCUCAAAGAAGCCUGGUGUAGAAAAUGGAAAUGUCAAAGAGAAAAGCAUUGUAGCACAACUUAAAGAAAUCUUAUCAACAGACUCAGAGGGCUUCCCUAGAAGAGCUGUGAUCAGUGUCUUCAUUGACUGGCUGAGAGAAGGCCACCCAGAUGUACUGAAAGACACUGAGCAGUUUGUCUCCAGCGUGCUCCAAGCUGUGAACAGCGACUUAGACUGGGAAGUUAAAGCUGGUGGUUUGGAACUGGCUGAAGUUUUCUCUGCCCAGAUACUUGGACGGCUUGGCCUUGCUGCAUGCCCAUAUGCUGCUGUCUUAUCCUCUGCCACCCGCUCCACUCAUCUGAGUGAGUCUCUGCAGAUAUUCUGCCAGGUGAAACUGUUUGAGUUCCUGUUUGGUGCUUUGUGUGACUGUGACAGGCCAGUGGCUCAGAAAGCCUGCGAUAUCCUCAUUGCCUUGAAAGCUGAGCUCUGUGAUGAGAGCAGCCUGAAGGAAGGAACGAGUGCAGGCUUGUCUACAGAAGCGCGUGGUAUUGCUUGGUUAGAAGAGACUCUGAGGAGAUGGAGUUCCUGUGCCAAGCCCUGUCCCAGAGGUGAUGCUGAUGAGGCUGGAUCCCAAGACCCAAACGGUGUGCUGCUGGUUUUGAGAACAGUGGACUUAGAAGGGCUGCACAGGUCUCUGAACAGAAGUAGUGACCACAUUGAGAAAAGCCCUCAGUCCCUCUUGCAGGACAUCCUGGCCACUGUGGGGACCUUGGAGGAGAAUGAAGCUGACUGCUAUUAA